UGGAGUUUCAAAGUGUCUCUGCGCGUCAGCCGAGCAGCUCCAAAGGAAGCAAUACAGAGGCUUAAGAGAACAUCUGGCCAGAUUUACACUCUUGCUGUGGAGCUCAAGAUGAGUAGACCAGCUCUCACUGCUGUCUUUGUAGCAUUUCUGCUGACUUCCAGUGGAGCAAAGCCCAAUGGCAAGAACAAAAAGCCAAAACAAGUUGUGCCAGCAAUAGAAUGUGAUAUGCGGGCUGGGAAGAUCAGUCUCCCAGAGUUUAUUGUUAAGUGUCCAGCUAACUGCAGGGAGACCAAGGAGAAAGUGUAUGGGACGGGUGUAUUUGCCUCCAUAUCCAGUAUCUGCAAUGCUGCCAUUCACAGCGGAGCCAUCACUAACUCUGGAGGAAAGGUAAUUGUGAUGAAGAUGGCAGGACAGGCGAUCUACAAGGGUAGCUUUGCCAACGGUGUCCGCUCUCUGUCCUUACCCAACUGGAGAGAAUCCUUUUCUGUCUCAGUGGGUAAACCAAAGAAGGGGGUAAUCUACGCAUCCACUCUGGUCUUUGUACUAUCAAGAUCCACCACAGUGAAAACAGACCCGUCAUACUCCACAGUGUCACCAGCGACAGAGCCGAGCUCCACUGCAGCCCUGCCCACAACCACACCCAUCGCCACAGCCCCACCCAUUACCACAUCAGCCACGCCACGGGUCACUGUUAUUAAAGUCCGCGAGGCAGACUGUAAUGUUGAUAUUGCACUCCUCAUGGAUGGCAGCUGGAGCAUUGGGAAACGCCGUUUUAAGAUUCAGAAAGACUUCCUUGUGGAAGUUUCUCAGGUCAUUAAUGUGGGUGUUGCUGGACCCAUGAUGGGCAUCAUUCAAUACGGGGAUGAUCCAGUCACAGAAUUCAGUCUAAAACAGUUCUCCAGCUCCAAGGAUCUGAAGACGGCCAUCAGCAAAAUAGUCCAGAAGGGCGGUCUGUCCAAUGUAGGGAAGGCCAUCUCCUACAUCAACAAGCAUUUCUUCAGUGAUGCUAAUGGGAACAGAGGUGGGGCACCCAAUGUGGCUGUGGUUCUGGUGGACGGCUGGCCCACUGACAAAGUGGAGGAGGCCUCACGUCUGGCCAGAGAGUCAGGCAUCAACAUCUUCUUUGUCACCAUCGAGGGCCCAGAUGAGAAUGAAAAACAGAACGUGAUGGAGACCAACUUUGUUGACAAGGCAGUGUGCAGAACCAAUGGCUUCUUCUCGCUCUCUAUCUCAAGCUGGUUCGCCUUGCGCAAAGAAGUGCAGUCUCUGGUGAAGCGUGUGUGCGACACAGACCGCCUGGUGUGCAGUAAGACCUGCCUUAACGCCAACGACAUUGCCUUCGUCAUCGACGGCUCCAGCAGCGUGGGAACCGGAAACUUCCGCACCGUGCUCCAGUUCGUCUCAAACGUGACGCAGGAAUUUGAGAUCUCGGACACGGAUACGCGUGUAGGAAUCAUACAGUACACGUAUGAGCAGAGGCUUGAGUUUGCUUUUGGUCAACACAACAACAAAGCUGAUCUGCUGAAUGCUAUCAAGCGUAUAAACUACUGGAGCGGAGGUACCAGCACGGGAGCUGCCAUCACAUUUGCUGCAGAUCAACUCUUCAGCAAAUCCAAACCCAACAAGCGCAAGAUCAUGAUUGUCAUCACGGACGGACGCUCCUACGAUGACGUGAGGGCCCCGGCGCUGGCGGUACAUCGUAAAGGUGUGAUCGCGUACUCCAUUGGUAUAGUCUGGGCCAUACAGGACGAGCUGGAAUACAUCGCCACCGACCCCGACAGAGACCACUCUUUCUUUGUGGAUGAGUUUGACAACCUCUACAAGUAUGUACCAAAGAUUAUUCACAACAUCUGCAAUGAGUUCAACUCCCAACCACGUAACUGAACCAGGCCUUCAGAUGAAAAUUGUGGAAUAUCACCAAAAAUCCAAGGAGUAAGUGCAUUACCACACAGUAAGAAAUACAGUGUUACAAAUUUAGCAUACUGUAGUUAGAAGCCUUACUUUCUGGAUGAAAAGCUCAGAGGACGCCAGCAUGUUUCCAGAUUUGAUUUUUGUGAAAUUUAAACAAAAUAGAGUGUGGAAAUGGUAAAGAUGGCAGUGGAUGUGUUUUCGGUGAUUUUGGAUUAAUAUGUGAUAGACGGAGGGGCAGAUUUUCUGAUGUGCACAUCAAUAGAGGUAUAGAGAAAAAACUUGCUUACAGUUUUUGCAUAUGUCGUUUCAGUUAAAGAUUAUUU